AUGAGUGCUCAACAAUUGUCCAUCGAUAACGCCGACCUCGAGAAGCUCAACGACAAGGAUCGCCUCGAGCUCCGCCAGUUCCUCGCCAAUGAGCAGCAGCGCUCUCAGAUCCAAGCCCGUACGUACAAUACCGAGGAAGACAUAAUGGGAUACGGAAUCGCUGACGAAAUGUCUUUAGAAACACAUAGCUUGACCCAAAUGUGCUGGACCAAGUGCGUUCCUGGAAACAUCAAGAACCCCAAGCUCGACAAGUCCGAGGAGACAUGUCUCGCCAACUGCGUCGAGCGAUUUCUUGACGUCAACUACCUUACGAUGAAGCACCUCAACGGCAUGCGCAACUAA